AUGUCUCAAUCAGUAGUUACUAAAAACGGAAAAGUUAUUCACUUUGAGGGAAAACGGACUGCUGCACCACAAAAGCCACCACACCAAUUGAUGUCAAAAGUGAUAGUUCCAACGGAUAAAUUGGUUCCCUGUAACGAUGGAACUGUGGGAUUCAGAACGAAACCAUUUGGCAUUGUGAUAUCUGUGGAUAAAAAUAUACAACCAGGCAACUACUUGAUCAAAAUCACAUCAUCCCUUUCCUCUUCCAUCAAAAGAUCUCCACUCCGUGCAGAAGUGAUUCCAAGGUCUGGUUCCCAAGAUUCAAAUGCAUACGAAAACUACCCUCAACCGGCAUCAAGAACAUCAAGCACAAAAUACACAUCUGUUUCGACGGUUACAAAUAAAAGUAUCUAUGAGACUGCGUCCGUUCAUUCCAAAGUUUCCGAAGAUGACCGGUACAGACCCAGCAAUCAGACGAUGUCAGAAGCAGGAUCAAUUGAAGAUUUGAUUGCGAAAUUACCAGAUUUGAAACCUCCAAUGCCUCUUCCAAGAACAGUUAAACCUGAAGAAACUCAGCCAACUCCUAUUAAAAAUGUUGUUGUUGGAUGUGGAUUUGCAGUGAAGGUUCCAAAAGAUCCAAAGAAACAGAUGAUCGCAUUCGUAACCAAUGUUCACACCGUUGAAACUUAUCGACUACAUUUUCUAUGGAUUUGUGACAUUCAAGAAGAAGCCAUACUCCGUUCGCCCAAAUACGAUUUGGACAAAGGACACUUCUUUGAAGGAAUCUUUGUGUGCAAGAAUAAAAAAUGGAUAUGUGUGAAAUAUUUGAACGAAGUCGAACCACUAAUCGAAGGAAGUCUAAUUCGUGAAAAAAUCGAGCUGACGUUGCCCGUUUUGAGCUAUCAAGGAGCAUCAGAAACUUCGAAAUUUCCAGUGGUUUAUGCAGAUUAUAUUGGAAGAAUAAUCGAUAAAAACUUCCGACUUCCAGCAAACUGUGUUGGCAGACCGAUUACAGUGGAGAGAUGGAGAGGCGAUGAUAAUUCUUAUUUUUGGUGUGUAACUGGAAUUUUGGACGGUUGA